CCACGAAGCAAUCCUCCAGAAGAAGCCCCGAACGCAUCUCCAACCAACCGCAAACAUGGGCUUGAUCGACGCCAAGAACAAGGUGCCUGAGUACCAGCGCUUCUACCAGGCCGCCUACAAGGCUCACACCCGUCUGUGGAAGAUUCACCCUCGCAGCCGCUGGUACAUGGGCCCCUACCUCGUCGCUCUUUGGGGAGGCUUCGGAGCUUCCAUCUACGCUGCCAGCCGAAAGGUUGCCGGCCACAACACCUGGUUCGGCAAGGAUUAA